UCUGCACUGCCGGACCCUGCUGUUUAUCUUUAUUUUUAUCUCUGUCCGUGCUGGGACAGAGCUGGAGACAGAGGCGCUUCCCGCUCUCUCGGGCAGCAGCUGCGUGAGCUCUGGAUGCCAGGAGGAGCAGAGUUAACAGUAAGUGCAGCUCUGAGAUGAAACCUCCAUGUGGGCAAGGCUUAAGGCUGGCACACCUUCUCCUGAGUCUGGCUUCCCUCUGCCUUCCCAGCCCUCUCUGGAAGGACCGGGACUCCCUGAUGCAGGAGGAGAAAUCCCAUCAGACAGGAGGCAACUUGGUGCUGAGCAGGCAGGAGCAGCAGCUCAGCACAAAGCUGGUAAACCUCAAGAAGAAGGAAGUGGAAAGAGCCAUAACUACAGGACAGUUUCCUCCAAGCAUGCAUUUCUUCCGGGCAAAAAGCCUCAUUGAUCAGAGCGCGGUGUUCAGCAUCUUAAAGCGCAUGCCAAAAGGUGCUGUGCUCCACCUGCAUGACUUUGCCAUGCUGAGUGUAGGCUGGCUAGUAUACAAUGCCUCCUACUUGCCCGACUGCUACAUCUGCUUCACCCACACGGGCUCCGUCCGCUUCCGCUUCUCCCGCCCGCGCCCUUCCCACCUGCCAGCCCAGUGCUCUCAGUGGGAGCUGCUGGAGACCUACCGGGGACGGCUGAGCGACGUGGCCGAGUUUGACAGAGGCUUGCUGAGAAACCUGACCCUGGUGACAGAUGCCCCUGAGCUGGCCUACCCCUCUCAGACUUUCAUUUGGAAAAGAUUUGAAGAAAUCUUUCUCACUGCCUCUGGACUUAUCUGCUAUGCACCUGUGUUCAAGGCCUAUUUCUACCAGGGGCUGCUGGAGCUCUAUGAAGAUAACAUACAGUAUGUUGAGAUAAGAGCUAUCCUGCCUGCGGUGUAUGAACUGGAUGGCACCCAGCACAAUAAAUCAUGGUCUGUGGCAACCUACCGGGAAGUGACCAGGCAGUUCGUGAAGGAGCACCCAGACUUUGUUGGAGCCAAGAUUAUAUUUGCAGCACACAGGAUGCUGAAUGUUUCCCAGAUUAAAGAAGCCAUCCUCACUGCCAUGGCACUCAGAGCUCGCUUCCCAGACACCCUGGCAGGCUUUGACCUGGUUGGUGAUGAGGAUGAAGGUCAUUCUUUAUGGGACCUGAAGGAUGCUCUGACCAUCCCAUAUUCCAUGGGGGUCAACUUGCCAUACUUCUUCCAUGCUGGGGAGACUGACUGGCAGGGCACCUCUGUAGACAAUAAUGUGCUGGAUGCAUUGCUACUGAAUACCAGCAGGAUUGGCCAUGGACUUGCUCUCACUAAACACCCAGUAGCCAAAAGUUUGUCUCUGAAGAUGGAUAUUCCUGUGGAAGUCUGCCCCAUCUCCAACCAGGUCCUGCUGCUGGUAGCUGACCUGAGGAGUCACCCUGCAGCUGACCUCAUGGCUGAGGGGCACCCCAUUGUGAUCAGCCCCGAUGACCCUCCCAUUUUUGGGGCAAAAGGAGUCUCCUAUGACUUCUAUGAGGUAUUCAUAGCCAUUGGAGGGAUGAAUGCUGACCUGAGGACCCUAAAACAACUUGCACUCAACUCCAUAAAAUACAGUGCCAUGCUACCGGAUGAGAAAGCCAAGGCCAAAGAGAUCUGGCAAAAAAAAUGGGACCAAUUUGUGGCUGACCUCUCUGAUAGCUUUCUGAGGGAGCUGUAGAGACGACAAGGCUCAUCUCAGAAGACAUUUGGCAAGCUGGGGCAAGCCAGAGUGAUUGCUAAGAGGGAGGCUGCUUCUUCCAUGUGACCUGAGCAGAUGAAUAGAUGUCAAAGUCUCACCUGGCAGUGGGUGAUUCUGCUAAGCCAGGCUUAAUGGGCUUAAAGCUAAGAAAGAACUGCACUAUCUUGUGAAACUCAUGGACUGUAGGUAAAAGGGAGCAGUGAUCCUUUAGAGCAACCACAAGAAAGCACCCUGCUCAAAAGAGUCAAAACGAUUAAAAACUGCCAAUGACCAAAUCCUGACAUCCUUACUCAGGAAAAACUUGCUUUUCAAUUAGAGGCAGCAGAAGAUUGCCAGCAUGAGGAUCUCUGAAUUUUGCCUUAUCAUUAUAAAAUGCAGACCUUGUCCAGAAACAGCUAAGACAAACAUCCAACCAUUUGGGCCACUGACCUUCAACAGAGCAAGGACUGAAAAUGACUCUUGUUAUGUUUAACCCUGGGCCUGCUGCCAAAAUAGCACUGCUAGGUCGAAGAACCAGUCAUAGGUCUGAUGUCUGCUAUUUCAGGACCUACCAUGGCUGGAAACAAGCUGGUGGAACUUGCUCCCAGAACAUUUAAACCUGGUUGCCCAAUGAUCAUCAAGCCAGAAGAGAGGUGCCUCAGUUGCCAGCAGUUUUUUUACUACCAAGUCUUAUCCUGACCUCUGGUCAAAAGGAAGACAAAACACAUUUCAGACUGACCUCUCCUUGGCCUUGAUGCAGAUUUGGUCCUGGGAAGGAGUUUCCCACUGGAGGAGUAGCCAGAGCAGAGCCACUCUCCCUUCUCCUGCAUGGAUGUUGCACACAGAGCUCAGACUAAAGUCCCCAGAGUGGGCUUUGGUCAUGGCCAGGUUAUAAAUGCUGACUUGGGAAGUGCCUUACUUGUGAUGCUGCUGAGCAGAACCACUGCAAACUGCUGACCAGCGACCCAAAGCCCUCUCAGCAAACUGAUCUUUCAGCUUUGCUAUAUGUCGAUGGAUGGAUGAAGAUCUUUAUUUGCCAUGGGUUGAUUCUCUCUUAAAUAAGCCUCUUUGUUGCCAAGGUGAAGCUAAUCAUUACAGAGCCCUUGUGGAAGGACCUGAGCUCCUCAAAGCACAGGGCCCUUCCUUUUCUACCACAGCAGAAAGCUUUCAGCUCUUCCUGCACAGGUCCUGAAUCACUUUUUGGUUACCUGUGGUCCUCCUUUCUCCUCAUUACCUACAGUAGUUGCAGGGCUAGAUCUUCCAUUUGCCAAAUGCUUGCUGGAACCCGUUUACCUGUUGUGUCCAAUUUGUUCUUGGUGUCCUAGGAAAAGCCUGUUGUGCUCAUGGCCGUUUACCUACUUCAAAACUGGGUUUAAAUGUGAACCUGAACCACAAUUUAGGCUGGACCACAGCAGUUAUAAAAGAUCAAUCCAUUCAGCUCCAUUCAAGCUUUGGGUAAAUUUGGCUGCAGGGCUUCAUUGAGACUUGGCUUUUAGCAUCAAUAUUCCAAGGGUUUUGCUGCCAGUCUAUUCCCUUCUCUCCAGUACCUUGGCUCCCUGCUCACAUUUGUUGGCGAAUGCAUCACAUAUAAUGCUCU